AUGAAAAGGAAACACAAAGAUUUCGUGAAACCAUCCACUUUAAAGACCUUAAAAUGCCCUUUAUGCAGCACUUUGUUUUCUUUAAUGACUGAACUGGAUCAGCAUUUUUCCAAUGUGCAUGACUUACCAUUGAAGCAAGAAAACCUGGAAUUUAAUUCAUUUGAUGAGUUUAAGGAGUGGAAGCUUGAUAUAGAGACAAAUAAUCAGUCAUCAUAUGUUCUUUUAAAUUCCAGAAGUCUCAAUGACAAAUCAAAAAUAAUAAAAUAUAUUUGUCACCGAUCUGGAAACUACACAGAAAAUGUCAAAAAUACAAAAAGAGAGCGGCAACCAAAAGUUAAGGGUUCAAAUAAAAUUGGGUCUAUUUGUCCAGCAAGGAUAACAACAAAUAUAAAUUACAAAGGGAACAUUAUGGUCAAGUAUAUAUCCACCCACAUAGGACAUAAGCUGGAAGUAGGAAGGCUGCGAAUGACACAGUUUGAACGUGAACAAUUAGCAGGAAAAAUGUUUCAAGGAAUUCCCCAUUACAAAAUUUUGAAUGAUUUGAGUAAAAAUUUUAACCCUUCAGCCAGAAUUAGCUAUACAACAAAACAUGACUUACAUAAUGUAAGUAAAUCCUUUAAAAUAAAUUCAGACAUGAUUUUUGAUGAAGACGACACUAAAAGUGUAACUAUUUUAAUUGAAAAAUUGAAAAAGAUGUCUAACUUGGAUAAUUUUAUAUUAUUGUAUAAACCUUAUGGUGUAGAACAUAGUACCAUAGGAAAAAAUAAUUUUCUUUUAAUUUUUAUGAAUGCAGCUCAAACAGAAAUGCUUGCAAAAUAUGGGCAUAACAUUUUAAUGAUUGAUUCAACUCAUGGGACCAAUCCCGUACAAAAUACAGCUUACAACACUUAUGGUAGUCGAUGA